AUGACUACCAACGGAACUACGGAUGCCGUCGAAGACAUCAUCGUGUGCCGGGACGUGCACAAGUGGUACGGCAACUUCCACGCUCUGCGGGGUGUCACGACCACCGUCAGAAAAGGCGAGGUGGUGGUGAUUAUCGGUCCCUCCGGGUCCGGCAAGUCCACGUUCAUUCGUACCAUCAACCGUCUGGAGCAACACCAGCGCGGUGAUAUCGUCGUGGACGGCAUCGAGUUGACCAACGACACCCGCAACAUCGACGCCAUUCGCCGCGAUGUGGGCAUGGUCUUUCAGUCAUUCAACCUGUUCCCCCACCUGACGGUCCUGAGCAACAUCACCCUCGCGCCGACCAAGGUCCGCAAGUUGCCGUCCCACGAGGCCGACGACAUCGCCAUGGAACUCUUGGAGCGGGUGGGAAUACCGGAACAGGCCGACAAAUACCCGGCGCAGCUGUCCGGCGGCCAGCAGCAGCGCGUCGCCAUCGCCCGCGCCCUGGCCAUGCAGCCCAACAUCAUGCUCUUUGACGAGCCCACGUCGGCCCUCGACCCCGAGAUGAUCAAGGAAGUCCUCGAAGUCAUGCGCGAACUGGCCGAGUCGCAAAUGACCAUCCUGGCCGUCUCCCACGAGUUGGGUUUUGCCCGCGAGGUGGCCGAUCGCAUCGUGAUGUUCGACGAAGGCCUGAUCGUCGAGGACCAACCGCCGGACGAGUUCUUCAACAACCCGCGCCACGAGCGCGUGAAGCACUUCCUGUCGCAGAUCCUGUAA